UUGAUAUUUCAAAUGAGCUUAUAGUUUACAUAUUGCAUUUUGUGGUGGAAACUGUAACAUUCAACUUCAAUUUCAAUACGUCCCUCCUUUUUCACUUUAUUUUAAACUCUAAGAUACCAUAAGCUUUAAGCUUCUACAGGUGUAGAAGAAGAAAAAUAUACGUUUGUUAUUCUAAAGCUACGUAAAUUUUCAAAAUUUGGCAGGAGUCACAUAUCGAUUGAAUGGAAUCCUCACAAUUUUCUCUGCCAAAGGCACUGGAGUACUUGAGUGAAAUCCAGGAGCAUAUCAAUGAAGUUAGGCUGCAGAAUGAGUCUACAUGUCGUGACAUCAACCAGCUCCUCAACAAACCCUGGCUUGGUAAGACUUCCCCUGCUUCUUCCAGCCUCGCAGGAACUCAAGAAGAGGGCAGUAGAGGUUCAGCCAGUGCUCCUGAGCAUUUGACCGAUGGUAACGUGUUCUCUGUAGAAGAGCAAUCAAUGCUGGCUGAGGUAGACGGCGUGCUGGCCCAGGCCCAGAAACUUAGGCAGUUCCAAAGCAAGGUGAAAAGCAAACAAACCAGCAGCAGUAACCAGGACAAAAACUCACCAAUAGCUGUAAGUGCUCCUAACCAUACUGAACCACCCAAGUCUACCGAGGUUGCUGAACCCUCUACUGCACCAGAUCAGCAGAAUAAUCAAGAGAGCCAGGGUGAACUUACCAACCAGAACACCAACAACUCUGGAGGGGGUGCAACCGAUGUUGCAGUCAUAUCCGCAAGAGAUCUUGAUAGGCUUCUGAAGAAAGAUCCACUUACAAGAAAGGAGCAAACUUCAAAGCUGACUCGUCCAACGUCAGGAACGACUAAACUUUCCAAGCAACCUAAGUCAAAGAGAACAGCUUCAGGUACAUCAGGUGUCCACGGACAGGCAUCAAGGAAAAAUUCACAACUCGGGACAUCCUCCGCAGAAAUUGGAAGACACAUCUCAAAACCAGUAUCUCGAUUUGGAAACGCUCAAAGCAAGUACAUGCAAUCAGCUAAAGCAAAGACAUUAGCUAAAGACAAUUCAAGGAAGAUAAAUAUUCAAGGUAGUGGAAAUGGCCCCAGUGUAAGGCAGAGCUCGUCACAAGGACAAACAAAGCGGCCAUCAUCAGCGAAUAGGACAUCUAAUGAAGUGGCUCGUGUUCCAUCAGGAAAAAGUAAUGUAAAGAUUGAACAACCAAGUAGAACUCAAAGAAGUACUGAUACAGUUGACAGAGUAACUCAGUCAGUGGCUCAGUUGGAGGUGUCUAAAGCACUUGAAACAAGAUCGGGUGAUACUCACCAUGAAACAAAGACAUCACCUUCCACAGAAGCUGAUCUUACACCACACAGAGAGAAGAUCCCUUUUAUGCUGAGGAGAGAUGGAUCAAGUCUUACAGUUCCAUCAAAGUUAAAGAAGCACUACCAGACCGAUGCCAAGCUCAGAGACAAACUGACAUCCCUGAUACACGGUGAUGGCUCCAGUCAUUCUGAACAUUUCCUGGAUCUCUUUGGCGACAAUCCUUCAUACAGCUUACAUCUUGAUGCUGAGCUGCAGAGGCUUACAGCAGAGUACCAACACCUGAUACAACUCACUAGGGAUUUGAGAAAACAACUCCAUGCAAUACAUGGUAAGACUCCUUGGGAGGAUGUGUACUAUCUCCAUGCUAUAUCAGAGGUCAUCAGACAGCGACAAGCUGAGAUAAGUCAGCAGUUCUGUGAGCUGAAAGACGGUCUGAAGGAUGGAACAGAUGUCACAGUGUCAAGGAGCAGUCACAAGACAAUGAACAGCUCUCCAUUUCUAUGGCAUCAAGUGAACAACUUUGAAGAUGAGUUGCUUUCUAUUCCCGAUGGUAACAUCUUACAGUACUCCUCUAGAGCAGAGUUAUUGGAAUGGAAUCAACUAGUGUACAGGAUUCAGCAUAUACAACAAGAAAAGAUUAUCCAGGAGGUUGCAGGUGAUGCAAUAUUGGAGCUGUUAUCAGGUAUUGACUACGAAGACCCGUCCUAUCCAACUCUCUAUCGGAUCACCCAUGGUCUGAUACUCAACUCAGGCUCAGUCUAUCCAUCCAUGAUAUCUGAUGAAGAGAGAGGUAUAACGCCUGGACCAGAGUUUUAAAGCCCCACUGUACUACUUGUAGCUACUUGCUCCCUCUAUAUAGAAAACUUCCCCAAUCUGUGCCUGUUGGUCCC